GCACGGGUGGGAAGCAACGCUUGGAUUUUCGUUUAUUUUCUCUACGUAACGAGCAACGUAGUCCACACUAAAAUACAAUGGCUGAUCAGCUAACAGAGGAGCAGAUUGCUGAAUUCAAGGAGGCCUUUUCCUUAUUUGAUAAAGACGGUGAUGGCACCAUCACAACUAAAGAAUUAGGGACUGUCAUGCGGUCUUUGGGCCAGAAUCCGACAGAAGCAGAGCUUCAGGAUAUGAUCAACGAAGUUGAUGCUGAUGGCAAUGGAACAAUUGAUUUCCCAGAGUUCCUUACUAUGAUGGCCAGGAAGAUGAAGGACACAGAUAGCGAGGAAGAGAUCAGAGAAGCAUUCAGAGUUUUUGAUAAGGAUGGAAACGGUUAUAUCAGUGCUGCAGAGUUGCGUCAUGUCAUGACAAAUCUGGGGGAGAAGCUUACAGAUGAGGAAGUGGAUGAGAUGAUCCGGGAGGCAGAUAUUGAUGGUGACGGCCAGGUUAACUAUGAAGAGUUUGUCCAGAUGAUGACAGCAAAGUAAAACUGGAAACCAAAAGGAGCACAACAGACCAAACAGUGGGCAGCACUCUCACUGUUAACCUUCAACAAGCAUUCACAACCCAGUCUUUUACUCCUCUCCAUUUAGUUUUGCUCUCUUCAAUCCUUCCCUUAGUUUGAUCAGUCCUCUGCUCUGCUUGUUUUCGAACACAAUCUCCUGUCAUCUUCAUCCUCCGCAUUAUCUGGUUUUCUUUGGAAGAAAAAAUAUUUACAUGCACAACCAAGUUUAAAUCUUGCAUAUAUGAUGGUGAUGACAACAACAGUGUAACACAUGUAUCUAUAUUUUAAAGAUUGUGACAUACUAUAUGGACAAGAGCAAUGCAUGCUUUAUUUAUGUUUGGCAUGUUUCUGUGUGUGCGCGUGUGUGUGUUUUUUUUUUCUUCCCAGCUUGCCUCUUUUUCUAACUUGCUAGUUCUCCUUUAACUGCAUGUUUCUCAUGCAACCUCUGCUCAGUGGUCUUAGAACUGUAUGGUGAAUAACCAUUCAUGGAUAAUCAGGGGCUUUAUAUAACAAAAUGGCUCAAACUUCCAUGUCAUAGUGUGAUUGUUUUUGUAAGUGUAAAUCUGUGUGUCUGAGCGAGUGCUUGCAGUUGGAUUUAAAGUGGAGCCACGCAGUUCAGUUUACGUUUUGGUAUAGGGCUUGUUCAUUAGGGACUGCAUAACUAAUAUUUAAAAAUGAAGGAAUUAAAUUAUACAAACCUGCAUUUAAUAAUCCAAAAAUGGUUAAUUGGGGACCAGUUAUUUCAGUUAACAAUUGCUUCUUUUGCCCCUAUUUGUAUUCUUUGAGAUAAGUGGUGGAAAGUCUUUGACCUCCUUUCCAUUCUUACUAAUUUUUCUACCCCAAAGCAAAUGCCACCAAUUUGUUCUAGACUGGUGUCGAGAGGUUUAACGUUUGGUUUGAGCUCUAUUGGUGUGGAGUUUGUACUGAAGAUGUAGAAUAGUUUUCACUUUACUAUACAGUCUUACAUUUUUGAUGCUGCACUUGGUGUCCUAGUCAGUGAACCAUUUCUUUCUGAGGAAAACUAUUACAUUUAAAGCUGUGUGCUGAUUCUUCCUGCAGGCUGGUCGAUAUAUUUGUAUUCAUCAAAAGCACCUGCGUCGUAUGAUCUUUUCAGAAUAAUUUAUCAUGGAAACAGCGGCAUGUUCUCCUCUUCCAUUGGUCUUGUAGUCGUGCUCCAUGCACAGUGGCUCCAGAUAGACUGUCUGCCAUGAAACCUGCAAAUGCAGGCGCUUUGAAUGAAAUCCAAUUUCUUUUCUUCUUUUUUUGUAACUGUAUAAACCAAGGUUAAACAAACAGCGCUUGAUGGUAGAAUCACAUACAUUAUGGUGGUAGUAUUGCAUCUUCUGCCCCAGUUUUAAUUUAUUCUGCUGUUGUUGUUUUUUAUUACCUUUAUAUGUUCUUUUUUUCUGAGAAGUUUACUGUCUGGUUCUUUUUUUUCCUCUCUCUUCCUCUGCCCAUACGGUAAUAUAGUUAAAAAAUGAAAUGUUAUGCAUUCCAUUGCAGAACUCUGGUUUUCUUGCUGAAUAAACGUCUUGGACCUCUGUUUCUAAA